AAGAAGAAGCCUGCCGGAAGUUGUUAUUAGUGGGAGAAAAAAAAAAAGAAGACGAAUCCAACGAUAACAUUGCGUUUACAGUCGUUGGAAUUCUUCUGUAUCGGCGCUGUUUGUAGACAGACAUGUCAAAAAAAGCCAGCGAUAUACUACAAAUGGACCUGUACGGUCUACUUGGCGUCGAAAGCACCGCUACAACCAAACAGAUCAAGAAAGCGUAUCGAAAGAAAGCUUUGCAAUGCCAUCCAGACAAGAAUCCAGACAACCCAAAAGCAGCCGAUCUCUUCCACCAGUUGGCUGAGGCUCUCGAGGUGCUAACUGAUGCCGCUGCCAAGGCCGCGUAUGACAAGAUUUGCACUGCCAAGAGAAAAGCAGAAGAAAGAAACAGAAAACUAGAUGAUAAGAGAAAGAAAAUGAAGCUUGAGUUGGAGACCAGAGAGCGCGAUGCAAAGGCUCAGGAAGAGGAGGAGGAAAACAAUAGAAAACGUGAAGCAGAGAUUGCCCGUUUAAGACGGGAAGGAGAGCAGAUGCUUGCUGAUGAACAGCAUCGCUGGGAGCAAAAGCAGCGGGAAAGAGAAGAACAGUGGCAACGAUUCCGCACACAGAGAGACUCGGGUUUGGCGGGAUGUUCCAGUAGUAGUGUGACCCCUAAACUGAAGCUGAAGUGGAAGUGUGCAAAAGACGAUGCAACAAAUGGCGGCUACUCUCAAGACUCUCUCUUGAAACUUCUACAAAGGUAUGGGGAUGUCUUGACUGUGGUUAUUUCAAGUAAGAAGAAGGGAAGUGCUCUGGUUGAGUUUGCAUCGGCAGCAGCAGCUGAGCUGGCGCUGAAGCAUGAAAAAGGCCUAAGCGGAACCCCCCUGAAGAUUUCAUGGAUUGAAGGACAGCCCACAGCUCCAGUAUCUCAAACUGUCCAGUUCAUGUCUUCACAGGUACUGGUAUAAACCGAUGUUAAGCAUAUUGCCCCUAUUUUAGAAAGCUCUUAC